AAUGGAUUAUAACUUAGAAAUAAAGUCGCGACUGUGACGUCAAAAAAAAAAGAAAAAAAAAAGUCGCGACUGUGAGAGAGUUGGUGAACUUAUUACGGGUAUUUAUUGUCUGUAUGACUGAUGAGCCAACGCUAAACAGAUCGUGACAGUUUUUUUUUUGGCUUCUUUAGUCGUUCUGAUUAUCGAGUGUGGUGUUCAAAAAAAGAAAAGAUUAUUGAGUGUUCACAUUGGCAUGCUACGUUAUAUAUUAAAAUGCAAAUGUGUUUAUUAUAUUCACACUUGUGUCAGGGUCAAAUAAAUCGGAAGCGUAUGCUGAACGAAUCAAAUGGAUUUCUGUGACCGGAAAAUGAGAUGAGUGGAAGAAUAAUUAACUUUAUAUUUCCUUUUCUUGUUUGACGAAUAAUUAGAUGUUUAUUUGGAUACACUACUUUUUUCUUUGUUUUAUUAUUCCCUACUAUUAAAAAAUGAACUCUCUUCUCUUCUCAUCAUUGUACAUCUUCUUUUAUCUGCUUUGAACCUGUUCCUCCACAGAUCUUUUCCAGCUCACCUUAUGGAUUUUUCUUCACUAAAAGGCUUUGAGCUGGGGAAGCUUGUGUUGAGCUCUGGUCUCUUACACAGAUCAUGGAAUAAGAUCUCAGAGUUACGUGCAUCAAGAGCCCAUCAGGUUCAAACUCCAGGUCUAGGAAUCAAGAUUUUCCAAGAAACCAAAUACACGGUUGUUGUUUUUGUCGCACCACCGAUAAACAUAACCUGCCCAUUAAACUCUGCUUCAACACUUCUUUCUGGGACGCAAGAUCAAAACCCUUAUCAUUUCCUCUGCUCCGAGAAGAUCUCCUCCUUCUCUCUUCACACCCCUGCUUUUCAGCUCUUUGUCUCUGCCUACAAUAACAAUCUCCUCCACCUCAAAUCAAAGUUGCUUGAUUUGCUUGAGUCAAAGGAACAUGUGAUCAUUACCGGAGCUGCAUUAGGAGGAUCGGUCGCAUCUCUCUUUACACUAUGGCUUCUAGAAACAGUCGAGCCAACUCUAAAACGUCCACUGUGCAUCACAUUUGGCUCACCUCUAAUCGGAGACGCUAAGCUACAACAGAUUCUUGAAAACUCCUUGAGAAACUCAUGUUUCCUCCACGUGGCUUAUGCUUCACAAACUCCCAUCAACACAGACUUCAAGCCUUUCGGAACGUUCUUGAUUUGUUUCGACUCGGAAUGUAUAUCCAUCGAUGACCCUGAAGCCGUCAUGGAGCUAUUAGGCGGUACUAAUACGGACCAAGUAGUAGGUUUGAUAGACUACGGCGAAGUUCUUGAUCGUUUGGAUCAAACGGUGAUGGAGGAUUCAAGAUUGAGGAUAGACGACGUUAUAACGCGAAUGGAGGAACGUGCUGAGAAGAAGAAGCUGCGUUACGACCAGCUCAAGAAACUAAACGACAUCAAAAUAUCAAUGAUAUAUAUAGAAUGGUACAAAAAGAAAAGCAAGAUGGAGAAAACCGGUUACUACGACCGGUUUAAGACGCAUCUCGCGUCUAGUGUUUCACCCUUCGACAUAGAUAUCGAGAAGCGAAAAAAAGAGGUCAACGAUUACUGGAGAUCAUUGGUUGAAGAAGUAGAGAAGAAGCCUCAGAGUGAAAAGUCUCUCCUCAAGACAAGGUCUCUAUUCUCCGGGAACAACUACAGACGCAUGGUCGAGCCGCUAGACAUUGCUGAGUAUUACCAUAAUGGUGGGAGAGAGUACAUAACCUCUGGGAGGUCGAGACACUAUGUUAUGCUGGAGAAGUGGUUUAAGGAGGAAAAGAUAGAACCGGUUAGAUGCGUGAAGAGGGAUUUGAGUGAUCUUUUAACGUUUGAUUCUUGUUUCUGGUCUGAAGUUGAGGAAGCUUUGAUGGUGAUCAAGUCGUUGAAAAGACAAGACGGUGAGAGAGAGGUGUUGUUGAGGAAGCUCGUGAGGUUUGAAGAGUACGUGUGGGAGAUGAUUAGAAAACGUGAGGUUUCGCCGGAGAUUUUCUUGGAGAAGAGCAGUUUCAUGAAGUGGUGGAAAGAGUACAAAGAGAUCAUCAAAGGCUUUGAUUCUUCUGACUUCACCAAGUUUAUGAACACUAGGAUGUAUGAGAGUUAUGGUCAAGCCUGCGGAAGAUUAAUGAUUAACAUUUAACUCUUUAAACGGUUAGUUGAUGAUCUGAUUAUUAGUGUUUUAUGGUGUUAAUAACAUUUAGUAAGCAAACAUUUAUUUAAUUUCAUAAUAGCAAAAACA